AUGUCAACAUCAGAGAACACAACAACAGUUAUAGUUCAUGAAGCCAUUAAUGAAGAAUACGAAUACAUACAGUAUAACAAACAAUUGAGACUCAUUCGUUCAGUCAAAGACGACAUGUACCAAAUGCAAAGUAUUUUGACAGCAUGUUUUGCACCAGAUACUAAGAAACCAAAUGAAUGGUUUGAAUUAAAUAGCACUCAUGAACUCCUCAGUGAGUUUGAACAUGUAGAACUUAAAAAGAUGUACCAAGACAGACAAAACUUACCAUCACAUCUAAAAGGUAUAUAUGUUCAUAAGUUCCUAGUUAGUUCAAUAGCAAUGUGGGCUUCACCUCGUUAUGCAAUCUACAUACUUAUGCUACUUGACGAACUUUGUACAAAGCAGAGAGAAGAUAUGAUGAAAGAAGACAAAAGCAUACAGAAAAGAAUACCACGUUCAGUACCAAAAGGAAAGGAAAAAAGCUAUAAGUAUAUGAUUUACGCUGAAGAGAUGGAGAAAGAAGAAGAUAGAGAUAUGGUUAUGUUGCAUUUA